AGAGAGAAAAAGAGAGAGGGGGGAUACAUAGAGGAAAAAGUUAGUGGGUGAAAUCUCGGUAAGAAGUUUAAUCUUUUUUUUGCAGCCAACUUUUUUUUUUAAAGCAAGAACAACAGCAACACUAAGCUACAGCAAACAAACUACAGGUUGUAAAGUAGAUAAAGAAGUAGCUGGAUAACAUUUACUACUUCUUUAAAAAGACACAUUAUGUCGACGGGAGCUUUGUACAACGACCAAGGAGGAGCAGAGGCAGCGAUAGAAGCUGGGCAGGAGAGCACACCGACCACCUCCAGCAACUCCGGAGCAGCUUUUGGACUCUUUAGCUCCGACUUUAAAAAGAAUGAAGACCUUAAAGAAAUGUUGGAGAGCAACAAGGAGUCGCUUAAACUGGAGGCCAUGAAAAGAGUUGUUGGGCUGAUCGCCAAAGGGAAAAAUGCAUCCGAGCUGUUUCCCGCCAUUGUGAAGAAUGUCGCGAAUAAGAACAUUGAGCUUAAGAAGCUCGUUUAUGUGUACCUGGUGAGGUAUGCAGAGGAGCAGCAGGACCUGGCUUUACUAUCCAUCAGCACCUUCCAGCGAGCCCUCAAGGACCCAAACCAGUUCAUCCGGGCCAGCGCACUGAGGGUCCUCUCCAGUAUCCGCGUCCCUAUAAUCGUCCCCAUCAUGAUGCUGGCCAUCAAGGAAGCUGCAGCUGACUUGUCCCCGUAUGUCAGGAAGACGUCUGCCCACGCUAUUCAGAAACUCUACAGCCUUGACCCAGGCCAGAAGGAGGAACUGAUCGAAGUGAUUGAGAAACUGUUGAAAGACAAAAGCACACUGGUGGCCGGCAGCGUGGUCAUGGCCUUCGAGGAAGUGUGUCCGGAUCGCAUUGACCUGAUCCAUAAGAACUACAGAAAGCUGUGCAACCUGCUGGUGGACGUGGAGGAGUGGGGACAGGUGGUCAUCAUCUCCAUGUUGACGCGUUAUGCCAGGACGCAGUUUACCAGUCCUUGGAAAGAGGGCGCUGAGUUCGAUGAGAACAACGACAAGACGUUCUACGACUCCGACUCCGAGGAGAAAUCGGGCCAGACGGACGCCAAGCCUUACAUCAUGGAUCCAGAUCACAGACUGCUGCUCAGAAACACCAAACCUCUACUGCAGAGCAGGAACACUGCUGUGGUGAUGUCCGUCGCUCAGCUCUACUGGCAUCUGGCCCCAAAACAUGAAGUCAGCAUCGUCACCAAGUCACUGGUUCGGCUCCUGAGGAGUCACAGAGAGGUGCAGUACAUUGUGCUUCAGAAUAUCGCCACCAUGUCCAUUCAGAGGAAGGGAAUGUUUGAGCCGUACAUGAAGAGUUUUUAUGUGAGAUCUACAGAUGCCUCUCAUAUCAAAACACUGAAGUUGGAGAUCCUGACCAACCUCGCCAAUGAAGCCAACAUCUCCACCAUCCUGAGAGAAUUCCAGACCUAUGUGAAGAGCCAGGACAAAGCGUUUGCGGCAUCCACCAUCCAGGCCAUCGGCAGGUGUGCCACCAACAUCACCGAGGUGACGGACACCUGUCUCAACGGUCUGGUGCUGCUGCUUUCCAACAGAGACGAGACCGUGGUGGCUGAGAGUGUGGUGGUGAUCAAGAAGCUGCUUCAGACGCAGCCGACCCAGCACAGCGAGAUCAUUAAACACAUGGCCAAGCUCUUCGACAACAUCACUGUUCCCAUGGCCCGAGCCAGCAUCCUGUGGCUGAUGGGAGAGUACUGCGAGAGGGUGCCAAAGAUUGCACCUGAUGUACUCCGGAAGAUGGCCAAGACUUUCACAGCAGAGGAGGACAUUGUGAAGCUGCAGAUCGUCAACCUAGCGGCUAAACUCUACCUGACCAACUCCAAGCAGACCAAGCUGCUGACCCAGUACAUCCUGAACCUCGGCAAAUACGAUCAGAACUACGACAUCAGAGACCGCACUCGCUUCAUAAGACAGCUGAUCGUGCCAAACGAGAAGAGCGGCGCCCUCAACAAGUACGCUCGGCGCAUCCUGCUGGCCUCCAAACCGGCCCCGGUGCUCGAAUCUGCCUUCAAAGAUAGAGAUCGUUUCCAACUGGGCACCCUCUCCCACAGUCUCAAUAUCAAAGCCAGUGGAUACCAGGAGCUGUCGGACUGGCCGGCUGUUGCUCCUGACCAGUCUGUGAGGAACGUGGAAGUCAUUGAACCAGUGAAGGAGUGGGCUCCGUUGGUCGGGAAGUCCAAGCAAUCCAAAUCCGCUGACAAGUUCUACUCGGACGAUGAAGACGAGAAAGAAAAGGAAGGAUCCGACAGCAGUGGCAGUGAAGACAGCAGUGAAGACAGCAGCAGCAGCAGCAGCGGGAGUGAUGAGUCGGGCAGUGACAGCGAGGAGGAGGAGGAGAGCAGCGAAGAGUCUGAGAAGAGCUCCGGUGAUUCUGGGAAGAGUUCGGGCGAAUCCGAAAAGAGCUCGAGCGGCUCCGACUUAGACCAGAAGAAGAAGAAAAAGACCAAGAAGGCUCCUGUGAAGAAAAGCAAGCCAACUGCUGCUGACAGGGAAAUGUUUUGCAAUCCAAACCCCACAGGUAAGCUCCUAGGCAUGAAUGAGACCUCGGCAACCGUCGCCACGGCAACAGCGAACGCCUCCAGCCAGGCCAUCAGUAAGCAGGUCCUGUCUAUGGCCAACGUAGGAGAGGUUUCAUCCAGCCAAAACAACUUCCACAGGUUUGCCGGGCGGACGGUGAGCAGCGGAGCUCUGGUCCUGGUGUCUCUGGAGCUGAAGGAGUCCUCCUCCGCCCUGCUGACCAUCAACACAGAGAAGAGCGUGGUGGCGUCCAUGUUGCUCCGAGACCUCAAACAAGCCCUCGCGCAGGCAUAGAGUCCCCCCCCCACCCCCCUCCCACCCCCUCUCCUCAACCCCACAAGAUGUUUAGUAAAGGUAAAGGGGGAGCAGCACUUACUUAAAGCAUUCAUAUAUGUUAUUUCUGUGGUUCAGGACAACUCAGGUACUUCUAUCCUAAAAAAAAAAAGCGAGAAACUGAAGAGCUUGAACUCCUGAGCUCACGGAGAAUGAACUGGAAACAAUGGAGGAGCACUCGUUUAGUGUUUCUUCUUUUUAUGGUCUGUCGCUUUGGAGAAGGAUUGUCCUGAAUCACAGAGAUAACUUAGUGAAAGUCUUUUGAAUAAAAAGUGAUGAUCUCCUUUUAAAAAAAAAAAAAAAACGCACAGAAGGCAGCAUAGACUUUAUAAUAGAUUUUUUUUUUUUUUUUUUAAAUGUGAAACUUCUAUUCAUCCCAUCUCAUCCCUUUUUAUAAGUCAUACUUAAAACUAGACACUAGACUAAGACACCCCCCCCCCCCCCACCAGCUGACUUUAUCAAUUUCAAUUCAUGAUUUUGACCAGUGUACUUAAUAUUUGCACGUACAUUUUGGGAGAAAGAGCAUCUUCUGUAGCUCAGCAGGUCAGUUUUUCUGUCCCUCGUCUGUGUUUAUACAAACUGAGACACUCCUCUAAGACAUUUAAAACUCUUUUUUUUCUCGACUUGUAUUUCAUCAGCGUUUCCUUCCUGUGCCAAGUGAGCCAGCGUUUGCAUUGAUGGGACUUUGUUACUUUGUUACUUCAGUGCCAAGAAAAAAAAGUAGGAUUUCUCCACACCAUUUAAACCCCAUCCAAUAUAGACACGACCAUUAAAUACGAAGCCUUAAGAAGUCUUUAAAAAGUCUAGUUUGACUUAUAGCUGGAUUGUCAUUCCAACCUUUACGCUGCCCCCCCCCCCACCCUCUUUCCCCCCAAAAUCACGUGUUAAAGUGCCUUCUACAUGAAAAUAAUGUUAUUUAGAAAAACCAAAAAUAUACAGUAGACUAAAAUCAACAAGGUCUUUUAUGUGUUGCUUUUUGCUGAAUAAUAAAUAAAAAGUGA